CGCCAUAAUUCACUAAUACAUCAUAAAUCGUUGAAAGUACCCGCGUUAUAACGACCCAGAGAAAUCUAACAAAUCAAGUCCUCAGCUGUGAGCUGCAACUCUCUGAAACAACCUCAAUGAGCUCUUACUUUGUAAACUCGUUCUCGGGGCGAUACCCAAAUGGCCCCGACUAUCAGCUGCUGAAUUAUGGAGCGAGCAACGGCGCAAUGAACGGCGGGACGUACAGGGACUCUUCCUCCGCCAACAUGCACCAUGCCACGGGCUCUUACGGCUACAGCUACAAUGGCAUGGACCUGACCGUCACCAACCGCACCUCCGGCACCUCGGGACACUUCGGGGGCGGCUCGGUCGGAGGGGACUCGCUGGGUUUCUCGGAGAGGAGCUUCAGACAGCCGUCCAGCUGCUCUCUCGCUUCCGCGGCAGACUCCCUGCUGUCACCCGGCAGUGGAGACUCCAAACUGGGCAGACAGAGCUCCUCUCCGCGCGCAGAGCAACCAGGAAGCGCCAGUCUCAGCUCUCCAAACCCAAACCAAAACCUGUCGUCUACCCCUUCUUCCUCUGGUGGCGGUGGUGGCGGCGGAGGCUCGGCGCGGCGCUUCACGGAGCUGGAUGACGCGUCACCGGAGACCGAGGACAGCGGGCACGGCAGCAACCCGCCACCCAGGAGCGGGCACCCACAGCCCGGACAGAAACAAGAAGGAGCAGCGGCGGGCAGCACGGCAGGCAGCGAGGCUUCUCCUCAGAUAUUCCCCUGGAUGAGAAAGCUGCACAUUAGCCAUGAUAUGACGGGCCCGGAUGGGAAACGGGCGCGGACGGCGUACACCCGCUACCAGACCCUCGAGCUGGAGAAGGAGUUCCACUUCAAUAGGUACCUCACGAGACGACGAAGGAUCGAAAUCGCGCACGCGCUCUGCCUCACGGAGCGGCAGAUCAAGAUCUGGUUCCAGAAUCGGAGGAUGAAGUGGAAGAAGGACAACAAACUGAAAAGCAUGAGCCUCGCCACCGCCGGCAGCGCCUUCCAACCCUAAAAAAAACACAUUUUAAAGAGUAAAAUCCUCCGUCCAUCUCUUUGGAAACCACACACAGGCUUCACAUGAAGAGAAAGAGACAAAAAAGAAAACUUGAAGAAGCAUUCAGCUGAGAGUGGAGCACGAGGAGACGAUGAUGAAGAGAAAACAAGCAGAUUCCAAAUCUAGAUUUUAAAAACACUCCCUGAGUACUGUACAGCAGCGCAGCACUUUUUAUUUGUCGGCAUGUUGUUGGUCUUUGGUGUUUUAGGGCAACAUUAAAAAUAAUGACUGUGGUACUUAUUCUUGUACAAAAACAAAAAGUAGUGUUCCUGUUUGUUCUCGUCGUUUUUGAAACAUCCGUGUCCGAAGGAGAGGAUGAAAAAUGCUACCUAACUACCUACUAUCUGUUGUUGAUGUCUAAAUAUCGUUUUAUAUGUCUGAUGGCGAUGUUUUGUAUUUGAGAAGUUAGCAUGUGCGCUCUUAUUGUAACUUAUUUACAGCAAAUAUCGCGAGUAUAGUCUGAGUCGCCCUUUAUCUGUCAUUUACCUCCCAUCAAAUCCGUGUGUGUGCGCGUGAGCGUGUGCGUGGGUGUGUGUUGCCUCCAAACACCCCUCCGUAUCCAUCCAUAAUGUUGUGUAUAGCUCUAUUAUUCACAAAGUGUAUCUGUAUAUUAUUAUUGUUGUUGUUAUUGUAAUUAUUGAAUCCACGCUGCAGAAAGGAUGUAAAUAGAUCUAUAUUGACAUUUUUAAAUGUGACCAUUUGGCUAUCCGUAGUUGCAGAGUGUGUGUGAGUGGUUGUGAGUGUGUUAGUGCGUGUGUGAGAGUGUGUGUGUGUGCGCAUGUAAAAGAAAUGGCUACCGUCCUGUGCGGCCUGUAAGCUUUCUGCCGAUGAGCUUUUUGUAUUUGUUUGUAACUUGGAGUAAAAAAAAAAAACACGACAAUAAAGUUUCCAUUACUCAUCAAAA